AACAUAGUUUACAGAACAUAAGAAGCGCAUUACUCGUGUCUGCAUUUUUAGAGCUCACCGAAAUUUCUCUGAUUUUGGUCAACAAUUUCUUCAGUUUUCCAAAAGUUUUAUCUUCCAAUGAAUCCACAACUCCACUACCGUCAAUCGGAACCGGACCUCCAGAUCCCGUCCUUGGCUCCGCUCCGAAUUCAACCCACAACUCCACGUGUCCCUUUGACCACCGUCACCACCCCAGUCACCGGUGCCCAGCGCCGCAUUGCCAUAGCAGUCGACUUAAGCGACGAGAGUUCUUACGCCGUCCGAUGGGCCGUUCAGAACUACCUUCGUCCCGGAGACGCCGUCAUCCUCCUCCACGUCCGUCCGACAUCCUUCCUUUACGGAGCCGACUGGGGCUCCAUCAAACUCCAAAUCAACCCUAACUCCACUAACAAUCACGAGAGCGCCACUGCCAUCAGCGGCGAAAACUCCGACGAGGAGUCGCAGCAGAAACUCGAGAACGAUUUUGACGUUUUCACGACGACGAAGGUUAAUACUCUGGCGCAGCUGUUAGUGGAUGCUCAGAUUCCGUUUAAAAUCCACAUAGUGAAAGACCAUGACAUGAAGGAGAGAUUGUGUUUGGAAGUGGAGAGAUUGGGGCUAAGUGCGGUGAUCAUGGGGAGCAGAGGGUUUGGAGCCGCUAGGGGACCCAACAAAGGAAGCCUAGGAAGCGUUAGUGAUUAUUGCGUCCACCACUGCAUUUGUCCGGUGGUGGUGGUGCGGUGCCCGGAGGAAGAGAAGGUGAUGAAGAAGAGCAUUGUUGGAGAAGAUGUGGAGCUGCAUCCUGUACCGGAAGAGGUACCAGAGUAUCAUGAUGUGGAGGGAGGCCAUACAGGUUUAGGUUUCCGAAUUUGUAAUUGAUUUUGUUUUCGUUUGAUGCAAAGGAUGGAAAGCAAUCCCAUAUUUGAAGACUUUGUGCUGGCAAAGAAGCGUGAAAAUGUUGCGUGGUGAUGAACUUUAUGCUUUGUAUAGAUGGAUAGUAAUAGGGCUCAUGGUGUUUCCCUGUACUUACUGUUAAUUGCCUUG